CCUUUCCCUUUCACGAUCAUCAUCACCAAUCGUAGAAUGGACGCCGCAAGUAUCGCACUAGCGGAAGGUCUUGGGCCAAAUGAGCCCAGAUCGUAUAGAGCCUUAUCAAAAUGCCACAGGGUCGCUUGCACAACCCUAUGGAACCGCGCACAUAGACAACCCUUAAAGGAAGACAAAGCCAAAGGCCAACAGUAUCUCACCCCUAUGGAAGAGAAAGCCCUUACUAAAUACUCGAUACAUAUGUCUACUAUAGGAUACCCUGUUCGAAUCAAGUAUAUCCCCUCACUUGCAUUCGUUAUUGCACGUCAACGCACCACAAAUACAAAAAUCAAGCCUCCAAGUACGAGUUGGAUCGAGGCCUUCAAGCGACGUAAUCCAGUGCUCCGCAAAGAUGGGGUCCCAUCUGCAAGACGAAGUACCCCAGACUCCAGUUACACCAGCAACUCCAGCAACAGUAGAGGCUCUCAUAUCACUACGCGGCUUAAUUGAACAGGACGCUCAUAAGCUUGAAGAGGCAAGCAAACAGCGCCUACAAAGGCGGUUACAGAAAUUCUCCAAUGCCGCCCAAAUAUUCCUUGCCGAACGAACCCUCCUUCAAGACGAGAACCAACUCUUGUUUAAACAGAACAACGAAGCCAAGGUUCGCCGAUCGACCAAGUCAACCGUUAUAGGGAAGGCGAAGGUGAUGAGCUAUGAGGAUAUUGAGGAGGCACGAGAGAAGCGUGCGGCGAAAGAACAAGCUGCUUCGGACAAGAGGGAACGUGGACAGAAGCGCGCUGCAAAAAGGGAAGAUACUGCGGACAAGGGAAAACGCUCUCAGAAGCGUAAGGCUCCUGCUCCAAAGGGAGAUUCACAGCCAAGGGCCAAAGUAGUGCGGAUAAGCGAAGCGCCAGAGGCAGCGAGGGCCCCAGUGGUGUGGAUGAGUGAAGAACAGGUUGCCCCAGUGGCGCGAAUGUAUUGAGAUUGUCGUACGAAGAAGGUAGAAUCAUUGCGCGAUCACGGCGGAGCGAAGUAGAAAUUGCUAUAGUAGAUUAGGAGAAAGUUGGGCAUUUGUUCGAAAAUACCAAUCGUGACAAAACUCAGUCAUAGUCUGAAUCAUUCUCCCAAUAAGGGUCAUGUCGUCGACGAUAAUAUUCGUCCAGCCACUGUUCCUUUUCCGUCUCUUCUUCCAUCUCCUGCU